UCUCUCUCUCUCUCUCCACCUUCUUCCUCUAUUUAUAUAAUGCCACACCUGCGGUAGUAGGACGUACUCUUCAUUACUUAGAACUUCUUCUAUUGCAAUUCACAAAGAUUCAUGGCAAACUCAGUUCCCAUGAAUGGAAAUAAUUGCACGAAAUCGAUAACAGGUUCAAUGCCAAUGAACAGUGGAAACGGCACUCACAGCUACUCCAAGAACUCCUACUACCAGAAAAAAGCUGCAGAGAUUGAAAAGGAAAAGAUCAUGGAGGUGAUUGCUGAGAAGCUUGAUAUGAAAAACCUCUCCUCAAUGUCAAGCACUAUUCGUAUUGCAGACUUGGGAUGUUCAACUGGGCCAAACACUUUCGCGACAAUGCAAAGCAUACUAGAAGCCAUGCAACAAAAGUACCGAUCCCAAUCUGCUCCUGAUGAUCAUCAAACAAUGCCUGAAUUUCAAGUGUUCUUCAACGACCUAGUGUUGAAUGACUUCAAUACCCUGUUUACCUCUCUUCCCAAAGACAAGCAAUACUUUGCAGCAGGGGUACCGGGGUCUUUUCAGGACCGGCUGUUUCCGGAGUCCUCUAUCCACCUUGUGCACGCCUCACUUUCCCUCCACUGGCUCUCUAAGUUGCCAGAAGAGUUGCAAGACAAGGCCUCUCCAGCAUGGAACAAAGGGAGGAUUCACUACACAAGUGCCCCUAAUGAAGUGGUUGAUGCUUACAUGUCCCAGUUUGCCAAGGAAAUGGAGAACUUUCUGGAUGCGAGGGCUAAAGAGCUUGUGCCUGGAGGAAUGAUGGUGAUGGUCUUGUCUGGAAAUCAUAAAGGCAUGCCUUAUUCUCAAACCCCAUCCGGCAUGAUGUACGAUGCGAUAUCAUCGAGCCUCAUGGAUAUGGAAAAAGAGGGAUUGAUUGAUGAAGGUCAAGUGGAUGCUUUCAACUUGCCUUUCUACGCUGCCUCACUGGAGGAGUUGGAGGGGCUUGUGGUUAAAAAUGGGUGCUUUAGCAUUGAGAGGAUGGAGUCUUCAAACCCAGCAGCAUGGAUGAAAGGUCCAGUUGACAUACCACAAUGGGUGAUGCAUAUACGGGCUGCAAUGGAAGGAAUGUUCGCCGGACAUUUUGGAAGUCAUGAGGUUAUGGAUCAAAUGUUCCAACGUUCGGCUCAAAAGCUUUCAGACAAGUCUGACCUUAUAAACUCAAGGUGCCACGAGCAAAGUCAGCUGCUUGCUGUUCUCAAGCGUGAAUGACUGGAAAAAAUUUCAAAUUCUAUUUUGUUGCAUUUGUAUGUCAAUUAAUGUACUUAACUUGGAUCUCCAAUUUAGAGUUCAUGAUGAAGAUGAAUAAAGAGAUCCGCAUUUUGUUUGAAGCUACAUCAAUCUUAAACUCACAGGACCAUAAUUGUGCAAGACUGCAAGGACUUCAAUUAAAAGCUUUCAAAUCAGAAUCUGCCAGAAAUGAAAAACAACCAAAGGUGGAUAUUAUACAAGAAAAUUGCCCAAGUCUUGAUCAUCAGCACCAUCAACAAUGAAAAACAAACCAAGGGUGGAUAUUAUACAAGAAAAUUGUCUUCAAGUCUUGAUCAACAGCACCAUCAACAAAUGAAAAACAAACCAGAGGUGGAUAUUAUACAAGGAAAUUGCCUUCAAGUCUUGAUCAUCAGCACCAUCAACAAAUGAAAAACAAACCAGAGGUGGAUAUUAUACAAGGAAAUUGCCUUCAAGUCUUGAUCAUCAGCACCAUCAACAAA